UGUCGCCUUUACGUCCUGCGUUGUUUGUACGCUGGUUCUGAAGUUAGCCGACGGUAGCUAGCUAGCUAACUGUUAAACGUAACAGCUAGUGACGUUCGCUUAGUUUUAACCUACAUCUCCGCGUAUGAACUACAUGCUCUAAAUACUUAGACGGUGUUUCUCGAGUACAAAAGCCAACUUUCGUUUCUGAUCAGUCGCAGUUGUUUUUUUGAAACGAAGCCGUUCUCCUCGAAGGCUAACAGGGUUCACAAUGGAGGGCAGCGCCAGCGUGAGGAAAGCGUUGUCUGGGACUCUCGUCCCUGUGACGGUCUCGACUAUGGCUCUCCUGCAACAACCCCACGAGAACGAGAACGAGAAAGGGAAGCUGCACAGAAAGGUCCUCGACGAAGAGGAGUACAUUGAGAGUUUAGAAAAGAUCAUCCAGAGGGACUUCUUCCCAGAUGUGACUAAAUUGCAAGCGCAGAAGGACUAUCUUGAUGCGGAGGAAACUGGUGACCUGGAAAGAAUGAGGGAGAUAUCCAUCCGAUAUGGAUCAUCCUUGACCAAAUCUACACCACGAUCUUCUGCCCCCUACGUGACACCAGCGAGCUUUGAGACACCACUGGGCCGCUGCGGGUCUCCCUCCUCCACUCAUGGCAGUAAAGGUUUAGAAGGGGAGAACAAGGAUGAUGAUAAGGAGGAGAAAGAGCUGCCCGCUCUGGAUCGCUUCCUUGCUAAAAAUACCAGUGAGGAUAAUGCAUCAUUUGAGCAGAUAAUGGAUCUGGCAGAGGACAAGGAGAAGCUGAGGCAUUCCUGGUUAUAUGAGGCUGAGGCUGAAUACAAACAGCGCCACGAAGAGAACCUUGCAUUACCAUCCAUAGAGAAAGCAGCACUCGAGUGUGUCAAAGCUGGACUUGAGACAUGGGAGUACAAAGCGAAGAAUGCCUUGAUGUAUUAUCCAGAGGGUGUUAAAGACGAUGAUGAUCUCUUUAAGAAGCCAAGGGAAGUAGUUCACAAGAACACACGCUUUACCGGAGACCCAUUCAGCAAAGCUCUCAACAAAAGCCAGAUUCAGCAGGCUGCAGCCCUCAAUGCACAGUUCAAACAGGGUAAAGUAGGACCUGAUGGGAAAGAGCUCAUUCCACAUGAAUCCCCAACAGUGAAUGGAUAUGGUUUUGAAAACAUGCCAUCCCCAGCACCUGGUGUAGCUGAUUCGCCUCUGAUGACCUGGGGUGAGAUAGAGAGCACCCCAUUUCGUCUGGAUGGAUCCGACAGCCCAUUUGUUGAGAGAAAUCAUGGUCCGUCAUUUAAGAUUCCAGAACCAGGAAGACGAGAGAGGCUGGGUUUAAAGAUGGCCAACGAAGCUGCCGCUAAAAAUCGUGCAAAGAAACAGGAGGCAUUGCGAAAGGUCACGGAGAACCUUGCAAGUCUUACUCCUAAAGGUCUGAGCCCAGCCCUCACACCCGCCCUGCAGAGGCUCGUAAAUCGGACAUCUAGUAAAUACACAGACAAAGCAUUACGAGCAAGUUACACCCCGUCGCCCUCACAUCAAGCCACUGGCUGCAAGUCUCCUUUCGGUGGCCCAGCCACCCCGACAGGAACGCCAACACCAACCAAAGCCAAGACGCCGAGCUCUCAGGACCUGACAUCACUGACGGACAAUCUGCUGCAACUUCCCAAGAGACGGAAAGCCGCUGAUUUUUUCUAAGUAAGAGAAUCUGUUCUCUGCUGGGAUUGUACAAAACAGACAUUAUUAUGUGGAAAACUUAAUUAUAAACUGUUCAAACCCAGUUUUCUCAACUUUAUAGAGCACAUCUUUUCAGUCAGAUGCCUGGAUGAAGAAUUUGAUAUAUUUUUGAGGGAACAGGUUAAUAUAGAGCUUUGUUGAAUACAGUGUCCACAUUAUAUUGUACAGCGUGAUUUUCUUUUGUUUUAUCCCAAUGCAAUGUUUUAUAUAUUAUUGUACAGCUGUUUCCACUCUAAAAAAUGGUAUCCAUGCCACACAGCAACUUACCCAGCAGCAUAACAUUUUCAUAUAAUUCAGUACCUGUUUCUAAUAGCUAUCGCCCAGCCCUCAAUACAUGUUGCCAUGUCAUUUCAGUGUUGGACUGCAUUAUAGGUAUGACUCAAACUGAAUGUCAAACAAUUGUGUUGGUGUUUAAAAUGAAAAAAUAUAAUGCAAGGCUUCAGUUCGACAGCUCCCUGAUGUGUAAAUUAAAUCAAAUAUGUAAAUUAUGAAUGUAUGCAGAGCUGGGCUCAGCAUUAUACAUUUGUCAAACCGUUUUCUUAAAAUAUAAGCUAAAACUGGAUACGUUGGACAUAAAAAGGUCAAAUAAUACCAUGACAUCCUUGUUAAUAGAUCUGCUGUACCUCUGACUGGUAGUUGAACAAAGCUGUAAAAAAAUA